CAUGCGAACAGACUGACGGACUAGACUGACCUCACCUCUCGAUAUCGUGUGUCGUGUGUUCGUGGAAUUCAAUUUAUUUAGAAACUCUGUAUUUUGAGGAAAAUAAUAUAUUACUUUUCAUUGAAAGGUUGAGGAACAUUGGGGUGUUAUUCUUGUCCAGUUUGAAGAUACGAAAUGACAACUCCCAAUAAAGUUGUCGUCGUACCUCGCAACUUUGUACUUCUUGCGGAGUUAGAAGCAGCCCAGAAAGGCACAGGUGAUGGAACGAUAAGCUGGGGUCUCGAGGAUGAAGAUGACAUGGCACUAAGGUUUUGGAACGGCAUGAUCCUAGGACCUAGUGGAACUGCUUUUGACAAUCGUAUUUAUAACCUGAAGAUCGAGUGUGGACCCAAAUAUCCAGACCAACCUCCCGUCCUACGAUUUUACAACAAAAUCAAACUCAACGGCGUGAGUGAGAAUGGCAUGAUUGACAAGAGAAUAUUCAACACGCUUAACAAAUGGAAUCGGGAAUACAAGAUUCGGACGGUACUCUCAGAGAUACGCGAAAGCAUGACCAACAAGCAUAACAUCAAGCUUGCCCAGCCUCCUGAAGGGGCUUAUUAUUAAGUGAGAGUUAUUUUUCCCCUCCACUCUUCUCCCCCCCCCACCCCUCUCCACUCCCAUCCCCUCUUCUCCUCCAAUCUUACAAAACGGCAAACACUGCAAUGGUACCAAGGUUCUGCCUCGAUCAGGGUCUCCUCACCAGUGUAUGUCUUAUUGUCAUCCAUUCAUCAUUUGCUCGUUCCACACCCUCCUCUACUCAUUCAAUGCGGGACUUUUGGGAUGCUUUUAGCAAGUAUGGUUGCACACCAUGGUUGCACACCAUGGUUAACUAACACCCCCAUCACACCGAAAUUGUUCUCAAUACGUUCUGAAAAAUGAUAGUAAUGUACGUGGCGAGGAAGGAGCGAGCGCGGUGAUCGCGAUAGUCAAGUGAUAGUGUGAAUAACAACUUCUUGCACCAUGACUACACUUUCCAGAACGUAGUGGGAACAAGUUCGGUUAUGAUGGGGGUAUAAAGGUUGUCUUUUUUUACUUGAACCCAGGCUGGUCGCCCAUUGGUUUGGUUGACUACUGGGGUCGCCCAUUUGGAACCAGCAUUAGGACCAUGGGUUUCUUCACUGGUCCUAAUAGCCUGUUCCAUGUUAACAUGUGGAAAGUGCAGAAGGGAACCAGUGACACUAUAGCAAAAAGGCAAAGGGAGUGUUCAUGUACCAUGGUACCGAUGGUUGACUUCCAAAUGAGUCGUUUGAGUGAGUAUAUCACUGUGCAUGUACGUGCUCGGCAGUGGUCAAUCACGGGUCAACUACAUGUGCACACUGCUCUAGGUGGCAGCAGACAGAAUUACAAGGUAAAUCCGUUGUGCUUUGUGCAUCCUCAGAACUUCUACAAUGGUGGAAAUUUACUUGGUAAGUCUGCUGCCACCUAGUUUUCCAAAGUGUCCUAUUCCUAUCGCCCCCAAGUCUGAUCAUCUUGAUGGCGUGAUUGCGCUUGUUUAUUACUGUGAGAAAAAGACUUAAUUCUCAGUUCACUGGUCAAGUUUCGACCCAAUCUUUCCAAACCCCAGUUCAUCUCCCCCCUCCCACCACCACCACCAAAAACAAAAGAUUGAAUAGAUAGGUUUUUUUUAUUAGCACAUCAUGUCAGAUCCUUUGUGAUAUAUUGCUAUAAUGUGGCAGCAUGAUGAAUCUUUUUUGCUGUACUUUUUCUGUGACAGAUACUAUUGGACUAAUAACUAACCCAAAAAAUGCAUUUUCCGUCUGGUUUUCAAUGCAUUUUUUCCCUCAUAAGAUAAAGUGAUGCCCAUAAAUGUGAACAAUUCACCUUUUAGCCUAUUGACCUUCAACCUUCUAUUGACCUCUUACAUUAAGGUCACAUGUGACUACUGUCUGCCACGCACUAUUCAUUUUAGGAGUCAAACUUGACAUACAAGUUAUUGUAAGCUUGUUCUCCCUGCAUGGCUUUUUAAAGGCACUGAACACCUUUGGUAAUUGUCAAAGACCAGGGGUCGAUUUCACAAAGAGUUAGGACUCGUCU